UUUGGUUUUGUGAGGCGCCGCGCGGCAUGGCAAACAUUAGAGCGUAUAAAUAUGCCGACAAAUUGCGACUAUUAAUCAUUCGACCCAUAGAUUCCAUCGAUAAAACAAUUAGCUUGGAGAUCUAUACCCAACAUGAAACUUUUCAUUGCGUGCAUCUUCAUUGCCGCAGCGACGGCUGCAGUGAUUCCUGUCGAACAAGCCAGGCACCGUCGCGACGUCUCCGAGGUCGUCAACGAUUACGUCCCGCCAGCAGAGGAAGUUGCCCUCGAUGCACCCCUCGGGGAGAUCGCCCAAGACUCGGCUGUCGUGGGAGAGGAUGGAUACCGUUACAAGACCGUGCGACGACUAAAACUACGUCAUCGUCGUGACGUGUCGGAGAUCGCCAACGAAUACCUGCCCCCAUCUGAGGAGGUUGUCACCGAGGCCCCUGUGGAGGAAGCUCCCGUCGAGGAAGCCAGCCAGGACUCCGCUGUCCUUGCUGCCGAUGGAUACCAGUACAAGACUGUGCGUCGCCUGAAGUACCGUCAGCGUCGUGAUGUGUCGGAGAUCGCCAACGAAUACCUGCCCCCAUCUGAGGAGGUUGUCACCGAGGCCGCCAUUGAGGAAGCUCCCGUCGAGGAAGCCAGCCAGGACUCCGCUGUCCUUGCCGCCGAUGGAUACCAGUACAAGACUGUGCGUCGCCUGAAGUACCGCCAGCGUCGUGACGUGUCGGAGAUCGCCAACGAAUACCUGCCCCCAUCUGAGGAGGUUGUCACCGAGGCCCCUCUGGAGGAAGCUCCCGUCGAGGAAGCCAGCCAGGACUCCGCUGUCCUUGCCGCCGAUGGAUACCAGUACAAGACUGUGCGUCGCCUGAAGUACCGUCAGCGUCGUGAUGUCUCUGAGAUCGCCAGCGAAUACCUGCCCCCAUCUGAGGAGGUUGUCACCGAGGCCCCUCUGGAGGAAGCUCCCGUCGAGGAAGCCAGCCAGGACUCCGCUGUCCUUGCCGCCGAUGGAUACCAGUACAAGACUGUGCGUCGCCUGAAGUACCGUCAGCGUCGUGAUGUGUCGGAGAUCGCCAACGAAUACCUGCCCCCAUCUGAGGAGGUUGUCACCGAGGCCCCUCUGGAGGAAGCUCCCGUCGAGGAAGCCAGCCAGGACUCCGCUGUCCUUGCCGCCGAUGGAUACCAGUACAAGACUGUGCGUCGCCUGAAGUACCGUCAGCGUCGUGAUGUGUCGGAGAUCGCCAACGAAUACCUGCCCCCAUCUGAGGAGGUUGUGGCCGAUGCGCCCGUUGAGGAAGCUCCCGUCGAGGAAGCCAGCCAGGACUCCGCUGUCCUUGCUGCCGAUGGAUACCAGUACAAGACUGUGCGUCGCCUGAAGUACCGUCAGCGUCGUGAUGUCUCUGAGAUCGCCAGCGAAUACCUGCCCCCAUCUGAGGAGGUUGUCACCGAGGCCCCUCUGGAGGAAGCUCCCGUCGAGGAAGCCAGCCAGGACUCUGCUGUCCUUGCCGCCGAUGGAUACCAGUACAAGACUGUGCGUCGCCUGAAGUACCGCCAGCGUCGUGAUGUCUCUGAGAUCGCCAACGAUUACCUGCCCCCAUCUGAGGAGGUUGUCACCGAGGCCCCUCUGGAGGAAGCUCCCGUCGAGGAAGCCAGCCAGGACUCCGCUGUCCUUGCCGCCGAUGGAUACCAGUACAAGACUGUGCGUCGCCUGAAGUACCGCCAGCGUCGUGAUGUCUCUGAGAUCGCCAACGAAUACCUGCCCCCAUCUGAGGAGGUUGUCGCCGAGGCCCCUCUGGAGGAAGCUCCCGUCGAGGAAGCCAGCCAGGACUCUGCUGUCCUUGCCGCCGAUGGAUACCAGUACAAGACUGUGCGUCGCCUGAAGUACCGCCAGCGUCGUGAUGUCUCUGAGAUCGCCAACGAAUACCUGCCCCCAUCUGAGGAGGUUGUCGCCGAGGCCCCUCUGGAGGAAGCUCCCGUCGAGGAAGCCAGCCAGGACUCUGCUGUCCUUGCCGCCGAUGGAUACCAGUACAAGACUGUGCGUCGCCUGAAGUACCGCCAGCGUCGUGAUGUCUCUGAGAUCGCCAACGAUUACCUGCCCCCAUCUGAGGAGGUUGUCACCGAGGCCCCUCUGGAGGAAGCUCCCGUCGAGGAAGCCAGCCAGGACUCCGCUGUCCUUGCCGCCGAUGGAUACCAGUACAAGACUGUGCGUCGCCUGAAGUACCGUCAGCGUCGUGAUGUGUCGGAGAUCGCCAACGAAUACCUGCCCCCAUCUGAGGAGGUUGUCAAAGAGGCCGCCAUUGAGGAAGCUCCCGUCGAGGAAGCCAGCCAGGACUCUGCUGUCCUUGCCGCCGAUGGAUACCAGUACAAGACUGUGCGUCGCCUGAAGUACCGCCAGCGUCGUGAUGUCUCUGAGAUCGCCAACGAAUACCUGCCCCCAUCUGAGGAGGUUGUCACCGAGGCCGCCAUUGAGGAAGCUCCCGUCGAGGAAGCCAGCCAGGACUCCGCUGUCCUUGCCGCCGAUGGAUACCAGUACAAGACUGUGCGUCGCCUGAAGUACCGUCAGCGUCGUGAUGUCUCUGAGAUCGCCAACGAAUACCUGCCCCCAUCUGAGGAGGUUGUGGCCGAUGCGCCCGUUGAGGAAGUUGCCCAGGACUCUGCCGUUCUCGGCGAUGAUGGCUACCAGUACAAGACCGUGCGUCGCCUGAAGCUGCGCCACCGUCGUGCCCUGUAAGCACCUGUAAGAAAUGUACCUGUGUCUCGUUCACGACUCGAAUCAUUUUCCCAUCCGCUCCCCCCCCACCAAGAACAACCCACUAUUAGGCUUUAAGUAAGAAGGA